AUAAACAUCAGACGACGACAUGGUUUUGUUUUUACCGAUUUUGAAUCGCGUCAGUAAAGUAACCACUGCAACAUUUAAUGCUAUUAGAAUAAUAGAAAUGAGUUCAAGAAAAUCUCCCUACUUUACGUCUAAAGAAGAAUGUAAUACGGCCAAAGCUGAAUCCUCACCAUCUAAAAGACAAACCCGUUCCAGUAAACAGCAAACAAUCAAAAUAAAGUUCGAUGAUACUUCUGCCGGGAGCGAAUCGGCGAAUGAAAAGGUUAAAUCGAAGAAAGCCAAGAAAGUUGUUUCAUCUGUCGAAGAAAAUACAGCACAGAAACCUUUUUUGCCUGAGCAUUGGGAAGCUGUUCUCAACAAUAUACAGAUCAUGCGAGCUGAAAAAGAUGCCCCUGUUGAUCAAAUGGGUGCUGAGCAAUGUGCAGAUUCAGCAACUUCUCCAGAAGUGAAACGGUUUCAAGUCCUUGUUUCACUUAUGCUGUCAAGCCAAACCAAAGACCAGCUAACAUUUGCUGCCAUGGAGAAACUUAAAAAGCAUGGUCUCACUGUAGAAAAUAUCAUAAACACAGAUGAGGAAGUCAUUGCAAAUUUGAUUCAUCCUGUUGGAUUUUGGAAAAAAAAAGCAUCUUACAUUAAACGAACAGCAGUUAUUUUGGCAGCCCAGUACAACAAUGACAUUCCUCAAACAGUUGAAGAAUUAUGCAAACUUCCUGGAGUUGGACAAAAAAUGGCUGUGCUCACUGUCAAUAUUGGCUGGAAAAAAACAAUUGGCAUUGGUGUCGAUACUCAUGUUCAUAGGAUAGCGAAUCGUUUAGGAUGGACACGCCGUCCAACCAAGACUCCGGAAAAUACUCAGAAGGAAUUAGAAGAUUGGUUACCUCGUUCGUUGUGGGAUGAAGUCAACGUUUUGUUGGUUGGAUUUGGGCAGCAACGAUGCACUCCUAUCAAACCUCAGUGCAGCACGUGCUUGAACAAAAAUCUAUGUCCAUUUGGAAAAUCUCUUGUCGAUAGUUAAAAAUCCACUCUCUUUCUUAUUCAUAAGCAAGAAGGUCGGAAUUUACUUUUCCUAUUAAGACGUUCGUGACCCAUUUUUUUUUCAUGGUUGGGUUGUUUGAUCCGGUUAAGCAGGAAUACUGAAAUGAUUGUUCAAAUGUUUUAAGUGUCUGAUUCUACGGUUGACGCCUACAUAUUUCUCUCUUCAUCCAAACCAAGCCCUUUCACUGUUAUUACCGAGAAUAAUUGGAACCGGUUGACAUUUCGUUACCUUAUCCUCUAAUUGAUCUAGUUGAACUAAAAAUAAAGCGUUCCGCAAUU